AGUUUUCAUCCCUUUCUUCUGUGAGCUGUCACCAUGACCCUGACAAAAGGUUCCUUCACAUACUCCAGUGGGGAGGAAUACCGUGGCGAGUGGAAGGAGGGGCGCAGACAUGGUUUUGGUCAACUGAUGUUUGCAGAUGGUGGCACCUACCUGGGUCAUUUUGAGAAUGGACUCUUUAAUGGCUUUGGGGUACUGACCUUCUCAGAUGGCUCAAGGUAUGAGGGGGAGUUUGCCCAGGGCAAGUUUAAUGGCGUUGGAAUCUUCAUUCGACAUGACAACAUGACCUUUGAGGGGGAAUUUAAAAAUGGCAGAGUAGAUGGUUUUGGCCUGCUGACUUUCCCUGACGGCUCUCAUGGAAUACCUCGCAAUGAAGGUCUUUUUGAGAACAACAAGCUGCUGCGGCGUGAGAAGUGCUCUGCGGUUGUCCAGCGGGCCCAGAGUGCCUCCAAGUCAGCCAGAAAUCUCACUGCCUGACAGGGCACUGGGCGCCAGCUGACAAGUAUUGAGUAAAGCCGAUGCUCCUGUUGUUCACUCGAGGUAAACAAAUGAACCAGAUCUGAGAUGAGAUGACAGUGACCGUGGAGCAGAAGCCUGUGAUGCGCUCUACCACCUGCCGAUCGGGGAUUUGAUCAUGGAAAAGUGCUGAGGAUUCUGGCCCAUGGACCCUGCAGCAGUUGUUAGCACUUCUGUCUUUCCCUGACCCUGUGUGCUAGAGGACAGAUGAGCUGCCUUUUCUUACUUGUUGAUACUCUCUGUUCCUAAGACCUUGGGUUACGCAGUGUCUUCUGUAGCCUUCUGCUUCCUUGGGAUAGGCGGAGUCUGCUGUGGCCUUCUGUUAUACUUGCUUUUCUGCCACGUGAUACAGAGUCUUCAUUCUGCCUACAUUUGGGGCAGGUGAUCCUAGCCCCAACUUAGGGCCAGCGCUUGUGCUACCCUGGAGAAAUCAGGAAAAAUAUAAGGGUGGCUUAGACGGUAUAGCAGCCCUGUGAAAGUCAAGGCCAGAGCUUGUCUGUGCCCCUCUUUCACUGCUGCUUGGAAUCAUGGCUCUAGGCUUCCACUUUGUCAUUUGUCUCUUCUUACUGCCCCUGGGAAGAAUUUAGUAAAAGUGCUAUUUCCUUCUCCCUUGACUUUACAAGCUGUCUUCCUUCACUGAGUUAUAGCAGAUAAUCCCUGUUUGUGCCUCUCUCCUUCCUUAGAUAUGGGACAGGAUCCCUUUAUGGGCUAGGCAAGAAAGAAGGUGAUGUAAACAUCAAUCUUAUAACUUGUAUUCAGACUUACUCCAGGGCAAAGGGCAG